CUUCACGCGUCCUCUUUGUCCUUGUCCCUGUCCUAUCUGGGAGUGGCUGAGGCCUGGCUGAAGAACCAGUAGGUCCUUUCCCGCUCCACUCGACUGUUCGACGGUGAUCCCCUCCCACUUCAGCAUCACCGCAUCACUCCCAUCCAUCCUUGUACCCAUUCUCGUCUAAAACCAUGUCCAAUCGACAUGACGCCUCCAGUCUCUCUCGGAGUCCCUCCUUGUCUGGCAAUGGCAUUCAGGCUCAUUGUCUUCACACGCUAACACAGGAAGAAGAUUCGGUCUUAUCCCUGGCUGCGACAGAAAAGUUGUUGUUUAGCGGUGGCCAGGGUGUCCACAGCUCCGAUAUCCAUGUCUGGGAUCUGGAGCACUUUCAGCUCAAAGCAAACCUCAAGGGUCAUCUCGGCAGUAUCCUCUGCCUUACCCUACGUGGGGAUGGAAAAUGGCUGUUCAGUUCAUCAGGCGAUGGCACGGUCAGAGUAUGGGAUACCGAGACGUUCCAUUGCCUCUAUCAUAUUCACUCUAGCCAGGAUGUCGGUGAUGUAUUCUCUGUCGUCUUUUCUGACUCGCUAAAUACUAUGUACAUCGGAUGCCAAAACACAAGCAUCCAGUGGUUCGAUUUUUCGGAUUUCAGGGUGGAUGUUCCUCAGUCGCCCAAUAUCACCCACUCGCUUCGGAGCCACCUACCAAGAUUCUUUGAUGGCGCCAGUAAUGCGAGGGAGUCGGACGACCAAGUGACGCGCUACAGCAUACCCGAUUCGCGCAUCUAUCAGAACAGUCAUUUUGGAUACGUGUACUGCUUGCUACUUGGAAAGGUGCCAAAUGUGGAGGGAGAUAUUUUGUUUUCCGGAUCAGGAGAAGGAGACGUCAAGCUCUGGAGACUACACAAAGGCAGAGCAAUUGAACCCUUCCGGACUCUCAAGGCAGGAGUCGACGCUAGCACCUUGACAUUGGCGUUUCACGAUGGCUUCCUGUUCUGCGGCUCACAAGGCGGCAAUAUUAAGAUCUUUGAUUUGGAAACGUUUCAAUUGAUCCGUUCCCUUAUCGCGCACGAGGAUGAUGUUCUAUCGCUUGUCGUACGAGAAUCCCAGGUGUACAGUGCAUCUGCAGAUGGCGUUGUCAAGCAAUGGAACCGUAGCUUCGAACCCUUGCAGAGUUGGCACGAUCACAAUGGAAGCGUCCUCUCUUUGACAAGUACAAGCGAGUACCUGAUCAGCGGCGCUAGUGACAAACUGAUCAAAUUUUGGCCCAUCACAAAGGGAAACACCCAGCCCGACUCUGUAGAAUCUACGGCAGAAGAUGUAAUGCUUUACGCUCUGGAAAAAUGGAUCGCAAUGCCUACAGUAUCUGGAAUCCCGUCUCAGCUGGAGGAAUGUCGCCGCGGUGCCAAGUUUCUAAAGGCGGUGUUGCAGCAACUCGGCGCAGAAUCCAGACUCAUCCCUGGUGCUCCAGGACAUAAUCCCCUCGUAUACGGACAGUUCAGUGCCCGAUCAGCCAAAGAGGAGGAACGGUCGCGCCCCCUGAAUGUUCUUUUUUACGGCCAUUAUGAUGUGAUAGCAGCAGACAUCAAGAAGUGGGACCAUCCUCCUUUCAAGCUAACAGGGAAGGAUGGAUAUCUUUACGGUCGUGGUGCAUCUGAUAACAAGGGUCCGAUCCUGGCAUGUAUCUUUGCAGCAAGUGAGCUGCAAGAGGAGCAGCAAUUGGAUGUCAACGUUAAGUUCUUGAUCGAAGGCGAAGAAGAGAAUGGAAGCGUAGGCUUUUUCCAAGCAGUCGAACAAAACAUAGAGCUGUUUCAGGAAGCAGAUGUAAUCCUGCUGAGUAAUUCCUACUGGCUUGGAGAGGACAUUCCUUGCCUGACAUAUGGCCUUCGAGGUGUUAUCCAUUCAACGUUGACUAUUAACAGCAAAAAUGUGGAUCUGCACUCCGGCGUCGACGGAGGCGCGGUCUCAGAGCCUUUGAUUGAUAUGGUUAAGGUGCUGUCAGAGCUUGUCAACCCAGAUAGGACCGCCAAGAUCCCAGGAUUUUACGACUGCAUUCGCCCUUUGACUGCACACGAGGACGCGCUUUACGAUCCAAUUGUCGAUGAUAUGUUCAACAAUCCUUCCGGACAGCGUCACUGGGAUCCACUAGCAACUGGAGUGACAAAGGAGGAGCUGAAGAAAAAACUAAUGGCUCGCUGGCGCAACCCAUCGCUCACUAUCCACCAAGUCGAUGUCUCUGGGCCCAAGAACAGAACCGUCAUCCCCCGAUCUGCCAAGGCGUCGGUCAGCAUGCGCGUUGUUCCUGACCAGGAAGUGGCAGAAAUCAUAAAGUCGUUCGAGGAGCACGUCCGCACAGUAUUUGGACAGCUUGAUACAGAGAAUGACAUUGAGGUCGAUAUCAAAGUGGUUGCUGAUUGGUGGCUAGGCGACACUGAGGACCGCUUCUUCAAGGCCGCAGAGUCUGCGGUCGAACAAGAAUGGGGUCAGAAACCACUGUUCAUCCGCGAGGGUGGAUCUGUGCCAGCAAUCCGAUGGCUCGAGAAGCGUUUGAAGGCAGCUGCAGUGCACAUUCCCAUGGGCCAGUCUUCCGAUCAGGCCCACUUGAACAAUGAGAGAAUCAGGUUGCAAAAUCUUAAUUCAGGAAAGCGAGUGAUCAAGGCGUUUUUGAAAGAGCUCCGGACACUUGAGGUUGCGCCUCAUAAUCAAAGCCAGGAAUAAAGUGGCUAGAAUAGCCUUAUUUUGAAGCAAAGAACAGCCAGUGGCGCCAGCUCCAUGAAUGGGCUUAACAGUGCUGGAAUGCAUGAUGUACAACGUCUUUAUGCUCUUCGUAGCAUUUUUGACAAGAACGAAAAGAUAGCCCUAUGUGAUAGGUGGGCAUCAGUGGGUUGCUCCUACGGAGCGCAAAAGACGCGUCGAGCUGAGUUCAAAUCUACAAAAAUAAAAAAAGGCAACCCC